CACCCUUUCUGUAGUGAUGUGCAUGGCCGCCGUGGGCCAGCCCAAGCCGGGCCAAAAUCACGGCCUGACCCGGACAGCUUUAAGCUGCAACUUGUACUAAGCGUGAGCCAAGUGAGGCUGCAGUUCAGUUCAGAACCUAGGUUCGAAUGCGAGCGCCUUGUAACAGGUAAGUAGUUGUAUCACUGAUAAAAGCUAACUACUUUAUUACAGGCGAACUCAACGAGCGGGUGUCAUGGACUACUUCAACGUCUCUCCUCGCUCGAUCAAUGUCUUGGUGGGCAUAUUCAACAAUCCCUUUGGUGCUGCUGGCGGUUAUGUCGCAGGGCCAAAACCACUAUUGUUCAAGUUGUGGUCUUGACAUCUCCUGCUGCCUCCGCUAUCUCUUGCUGGCUGCCUACUCCCACCUCCACACGCUCAUUUGCGCAUGUCUGCAUUUAUCCGCACCCAUUUUGGUACAUCUGCGCUGCUACUCAUCUGCAUUCAUUUGCAUUCGGUUGCCACUUGUUCGGACUAGUUCGUGCUUCUUCAGAUGCAUCAGUGCUCGUCCACAUUUGUGGGCACUUUGUUGUGUAUGUUUGUGUUUGUCCCGGUCUGCCUAGUAGAGUUCCCCCGAUCUCGUGCAUCACUGAGUUUCUACCCUGCAUACUCAGUCAAGUUGACAAGUGUCCUGAAGGUCAAUCUCAGUCUGCAACAUCAGCAGCCCCCAUCCAGUUGACGGUCGCGGCACUAUGUACUAACCAGCAGUCUUCCCCUGCUGCAGCCACUGGGUGACUGACGCAGUCAUGUGCGCAAAUUUGUGGAUCUAGCAAGAUCUCUUUGAUAGACACUCAAUAUCAUUCGCAUCUGUCUAA